AUGAAUGGCAGGAACCACGAUAUACAGCAGAGCAAAGUUGCCAACAUGAUCGAGCAUUUCAAACGACCUGCUGUGGCAUCAAUGAACCUCUGGGCGAAUAAGACAGCACUCGAUGUUGCCGAGCUUUGCCAGGACAGGAUCCAGACUGUAUUGGUAGAAGCUGUGCGCUCCGACCCUGCCCUCUGCGCCGGCGAGGAUACAUAUCUGGCAAUGCUUACUUGGGCAGUCCAUAGGUGGACUGUCAACGAUCCGGUGUAUCAUCGCACUGCGGUGGACGAAGCAGGCUACAUGAUAAUUUGUGAUCACGCGAAACGUGUGAUCAUAAUGUACUUUAUGGAGGAAGUCCGGGGGUGCGCAAGCUUGUGCAAUCGUUCAGUCUCAGUCGAGAAUUUGGAGAAAAAGCUCAUCACUGUGGGUAUCUUCCUUCCAGCUUUGCUAAGCAACCUUUCUGGUCAAGAUCCCACGCCUAUUUUGACUCUACAGGAGUUGCAGGAACGUAUGCAGUAA